UUACAAUUCAAAAUAUCUUACAACGUUUUUUUUUCACGUGAUUUUGUUGUGUGUGUGCAAAAGUCUUUGUGAAUGAAAUAAUAUGUGGGAUACAGUUAAAGAAAUAAAAAUAAAUAAAAAGCAAAAUUCAAAUAAAAACAGUGUGUGUUGUCAUAAUGACAAAAACAACAAUAAACGCAGCGACAAAAGGCGAUAAAACAGCAGCGAAAAAUAAAAGGCGACCACGGGAAAACUUUAAGCAAUUAAAUAAAAUUUAGACCCAUAUAAAAUACAUUUUAACUGGCUAAAACCAGAUAAGCCAACCAACAACCAAAAUUAAAAGAUUCUCAAAACAAUAAAAACAAAAACACAAACCAAAACGAAACGAAAUUUAAAACGAACAAAUUUGUGGUGUUUAAUAUUUAUUUAUAUGCUAAUUUAUUUUUACAAUAAUUUGGUAUUAACCCACAAAGCAACAACAACAGAAAACGGGUGAAAGAUAAAAGACAAGCAAAGAAAACCAAAAGCACGCGCAUCUUCUUUAACAUCUUUGUUUUGGGAUAUAAAACAGCAAAAAGUUACCCCAACCAACACCCAUUAAAAACCACCUAAAAGAAAAAAGUAUUGUACAUCCUGCAAAAAGAUUGUCGGUUCGAUUGGAAAGGACUUUUUGACACUGCCUACCGCCCACUUCAUAUAUCUUUGUCUUUAUGUGGCCUGAUUUGGGCGCUAGCCAGGAGUAAACCAGCAAUCGAUCCCGGAGCGAUGGCACCGCCCAACUGCCUGCUGGCGGUCCUGGCGCUAACGGUCUUCCUGGGGGCCAACAACGGCCUGCCGAUCACAUCGCGACCCAUCGAGGGGAAUGUGCAGCGGAUGGUGUGGGAGGAUUGGGUGAACCUGGACCCCGAGCAGCGGAACCUCACCAAGGAGAAGAAGGUGACGGCCAAGUCGAUAUUCACGCUCCCCUUUCGCCACUGUCCGCAGGGUCACACGCUGUACAACCAGCUCUGCAUCCCCCAGUCCAACAUCGAUCCCACGGACCUCGUCAAGCAGGAACUGAUCCUGGCCGGCUCCUCGAACGGCAGUCCCCCGCCACCACCCAUCGCCGACUACGACUAUGGCGAUGACACGGAGAGCGAGGAGAUCGUGUACGACCUAUCCGUCAUACCCACCGCCAUGCAGGAUGGAGGGGCACAGGACCAAGCGCUGCCCAGCGAGGAUGCACCACUGAAGUUCAAUAUAUUCGAGAAGAAAUUCCCCACCGGCACGGGCGAGCCGCCCGAGGAGCUGCCCCUGCCGCCGGAUAUGGUGGCAGCAACACAUGCCAGCAGCAUCAGCAGCAGCAGCAGCACCACCACAGCAGCAACAUCUGGCAGCACAGCGACGACAACCACGACGACAGCUUCGCCUCCGGGGGAAACUGGCAAUCGCAUAGCUGGCGGGGAUCUGCAGGCGGCUCCCAGCAAUGCCCUGUCCACGACAGCAACACUGACCCGCGGCAGCAACACCUCCACUAGCAGCAGCAACAGCAGCAACAGCGACUUUGGCCAGGUGGAGGCCAUUGUGCUGCCGGCGGGUCAGGCGCAGGAUGGCUCUGUGCAGCUGGUGACCAGCUCCCUCGUCGAUGACUCCGAUGACUCCUCUACCUCUACCGCAGCGAAUGGGUUCAUCAAUGCGGAGGCGGAGGCGGAUCUGGCCCAGCUGCUCAAGGUCGACGCCUUUCUGCCGGCCUACGACGGCAGCAUUGAGCUGUUGCCGCCGCUCUUCAGUCAUCGUAAGGUGGCGCCGCCUCUGAGCGCAGACCAGGAUGUGAAGCCCAAGCAGGCGGAUGAAGCUGCAGGGGAGCUGGACAAUGAGGAGGAGGAGGAGGAGGAGGAGACCACCACCGACAUAGUGCCAACUGAAGAGGAGGAGGAGGAGGAGUACACCACAGAGACGACAACAACAACUGCAGACGACACAACGGUUGCGGAGGCGUCAAUGGAUACGUCUCCUCCUGCCAGCUCCACCUCCACCUCCACAUCCACAUCCACCUCCAGCCAAACAUCACCACAUCCGCCCGAAGAACCCGAGAUAGAUGAACGUGAAAAUCGCCUGGUCUUGAUAAAAUCGAAAGUGCAACCGGUUCAGCUGACGACAACAACAUCGGCAACAGCAACAGUAACACCAACAGCAACAACUGCAGCUGAUUCAAGCUCCAGCUCCACUGACCGGUUUCAUUAUCAGCAUUUUGUCGAAGAUGUUGCUGCUAGCAGCACCACAGCAACAGCAGCAACAGCAACACCAGAGCUCAGCAGCAGCAGCAGUACUACCAGCGAACCGAUCGAGCAGAACAAUAUGCUGCCGAGUGACAAUGACAAUUUAAUGACAAAUACAAUUGGCGGCCAGGGCGAGGAGGAUGAUGCUGGCGGCCAUAAAGCCACCAGCUCCAGUGAAAUGAAUGCCCAACAGGAAUUGCGGCUCAUCAACGAGCUGGUAAAGGGCAAGCAGCGAAAGCAGCAUCAGCAGCAACAGCAACAGCAACAGCAACUACAGCAACAGCAACAGCAACUUAAGCCAACCAGCACAGAAGCAACACCAACUGAGGAUGCAACAUACUCAAAUUGGUCAAAGGUGAUGCCGCAAUUAGGCCGGAGUACAAGUGAAGCGGAAUCAACCACAGAGACAGCAGCAACAUCGAGUCAGGUUAAUGAGAGCCGCUCGACGGCCAAUGCAGCAGCAGCAACAUCAGAAAAACAUUUAAGUAUUACUAAUCGUAGCAAUAGAAAUAGUAAAAUAAUUAGAGUAGAACAGUUGGCUGAAGAGCCAGCAGCAACAGCAGAAGCAGCAGCAGUAUCAGAAGCAGCAGCAAUAGCAGCAGCAGCAGCGAUACCAGAAGCAGCAGCAACAGCAGCAGCAACACCUCCCAACAGCAGCAGCAACCCAGACGGCUAUAAGCCCUUUUGGUGGCUUCCGAGUAUUGGGUGGCGAGUGGACCGCCAGGUGGAUCGCAAUGGCGAGGAUCAGUCGCUGUUGCUGCGGUUCUUCAGCACAUUUCGCGGCAGCGACACGGCAACAGCCACUCGCUAACAGCAACAGCAGCAGUAAAUCAGAAUCAGAAUCAGAAUGAGCAUAAUCAUAAGCAGCAGCAACUCCUGGCUCUUGCUAGCAAUUAGAGAGCCGCAGGAUGUCGUUGGAUGUCGUGUAGUCUAGUGUAACCUAGUGUCGUGUCAGCAACAGCGUUUCAAUUGCGUGUUGAAGUUUGUUCACAGUUGUCUCACCUUUACACUCAGCCCUUGUCACAGUAAAUAUUUAUUACCUUUUAAUGUUUUAAUCGAAUGCCAAAUUGUACAUAGCAUAUCCGUAAAAGAACAUACUACUUAGCAGCAACUUUUGCCCAUUGCCCUUUAUUUUUUUUUUUUUGCCUUGGCAUUAUAUUGUACCUUUUUUUGUAUUAUUUAAACUGCUUUCUUUUUUUAAGUUGUUGAUUUAAUUUUAGGGAGACCUUUUUUUUAUAUUACAAUAGUUUUAUAUGUGCGUGCUGCUGUCGUUGUUGCGAACCUUAGCAAUAUUUAAUUGUGAUUACUUAGGCUUAUGAAUUGAUUGUUAGACUUAGGUAAAUGUAUUUGUAUACCCUGAAUCUAUUGAUUUAUCUUUUUUUUUUUGCUGCAGUCGAGCUUCCUUAACUCAAAGCCUUUAUAUGUUUGUUGACAGUAUAAGGUAAAAUCAAUUAUAUAACUCGGAGUCUAGAGUUAUGAAAGUUCGACUGCACUAUUACCACUAUUAUUACCUAAUAUAUAUGUGUAAACCUGAAGCAUUUGUUGUAGCUGUCUCUGUGUAUAUAGUGCAAAAGCCAUUCAAAUCGAAGCAUUUUUAAAAGCAUCCACUGAACACUGAGUAUAUAUCCCUAGCAUGUAAGUCAAAUAGUUAUGCUAACCAUUGUAAACACAAAUUAAAACUAAAGCCUAAAAUAUAGUGUAAUGCAUGUAUAUAGUUAUAGAAAAUGUGUUUCGAUCCAUUAACUCAAACGAAACGAAACGAAUCAGGCAACCAACAUGUUUUUGUCAAUUGAAAUUCAACCAACAACCAAAGUUCUGAAGAAAAACAAAUGCGAAAAUGCAAAAA